CACCCAUAUCCGAACGGAGCCAGUUUAAAGAGGAGUCUCACCUUCCCGGCUACGCUGUUAUCACCGAGAAACACACCGGCUUACAGAGAACAGCCGGACGCAUUGGGACAUAUACGCUGCUAUUGGUCAAGAGUUCCCGGACUGCUAUUAAAGUGCGUGAAGAGGCGCGCUGGGACACACACAGGAGCCAGCGAAAUACGGAGAACUGAGAUUCAAAACUGUUGUGGAUGAUAUAUUCAAAUUGUUUGGAUUUAUCUAAGAGUUUGGUUUACCUUACAUACCAAAACUGGGGGAACAGACUGGAACUCAGCUCAAUUCCCAGCGAAGCUUUACAGUUUUCGCCACAAUAAUUGGUUAUCGAAUGGACCAGCAUCCUAGCGCCCGGAGCUGCACCAGUCGCGGGACUUCGUCCUGCGAGGCCGUCCCGGCUGAACCCUCCAUGAAUCUGUACAUCCACUCCACCACAGGCACACGCUUCGAGCUCUCCCUGCCCCAGGAGGAGACCGUGGAGGGACUGAAGAGAAGGCUCUCGCAAAGACUCAAAGUACCCAAAGAGAGACUCGCUCUGCUGCACAAAGAAACGCGACUAAGUUCAGGCAAACUCCAGGAUCUAGGCAUCUCUGAUGGGAGCAAGUUAACACUUGUACCAACAGUCGAAGCAGGAUUAAUGUCUCAGGCAUCAAGACCAGAGCAGUCAGUAAUGCAAGCCUUGGAGAGUCUAACAGAAACUCAGGUCAGUGACUUCCUGUCCGGCCGCUCCCCGCUCACCCUGGCACUGCGCGUAGGGGACCACAUGAUGUUCGUUCAGCUUCAGUUGGCAGCACAGCAAUCUGGGGGUCCCCAGCUCCAGCACCGGCACCUCAUCAGCCGGGGAAACACAGAGGCCGCGGCAGGACAGCCCACAGUGCAGCCGCCCCGAGUUCCCCACAUUCACCCGCUCUCCCCCCACCACCACCCCCAGCAACCACACAAUCACCCCAGCCCCCAUCCUGUCCCUUCCUCCUCCUCCUCCUCUUCCUCAGGCUCACCUACCUUCCCGUUGCCAAACACGCACCACCAGCCGCUCCCUCCUAUGUACCACCAGUCGCCCUCCUCCCCUCACUGUAGCCCCCCUACUCCGCCACCCCACUCCCCUCGCCCGUCUCACAUCCCCGGGGGACUUUUCCGCUCUCCAUCUCAUCAUCACCAUCAUCAUCCUCACCAUCACCACUACCACCAGCCCUCCUCCAGUCAACCCAGCCAUGACAUUGGCCAGGUCAGCCCUGUAGCCCCGGUUUUGUGCCCUGAGGCUAACUGCAGCACCAACAGCCCCAGCAGUGGCUCUAGUCCUUCAGCUCGCUCACGAAAACCUGGAGCCAUCAUUGAGAGCUUUGUCAACCACGCUCCCGGAGUCUUCUCAGGGACCUUUUCAGGCACUUUGCACCCUAACUGCCAAGACAGCAAUGGGCGUCCAAGACGUGAUAUCGGUACCAUCCUGCAGAUCCUCAACGACCUCCUGAGUGCCACUAGGCACUACCAGGGCAUGCCCCCCUCCCUCACCCAGCUCCGUUACCAGACUCAGUGUGGGUCGCCCACCUCCCCUUCCCCCUCACCACCUCCUUCACCCCCAGUCGCUGGGAUGACGGGCCUCUCUGCCAAAGCUACCUCUGUGCCUGCUGGCAGCCCUCCUCCAACUCUUCAUCCACUGGUGCAGUGCCAGAGUCAGAUCCGCAUGUGCAAACCCCCUGGUGACCGCAUCCGUCAGACCGAGAACCGAGCGACUCGCUGCAAGGUGGAACGUCUGCAGCUGCUGAUGCAGCAGAAGCGUCUGCGCCGGAAGGCCAGGCGGGACCAGCGAGCGCCCUACCAGUGGCUGCCAAACCGCAAGGCCGGGCGUAGCAACAGCAACAGCAGCAUGUCCAGCGAGGGCUCCCUGGACCUGGACUUUGACGACUCGGUCUGGAAGCCCGACGUCAAGGCCGACUUAAAGUCCGAGUUCGUGAUGGCCUGAACGCCUUGUCCAGCCCCCGUUCUUCGUGAAGAUUCGUAGAAUUUGUGAAGCGUUUCUUGGGAUUAAUGUGGAAUUAUAUUAUGAAGGCCAUGUCUUGGCAGGAGGUGAGGGGGAGAGAAAAAGUUGUCCUUGUGACUGUUAUCUGCCACAUGGGAGAAACAACCGCCCCCCCCCCCCCCACACACACACACACACACACACUUGCCCCCCCUGCAGACGCUAAUCCCAUUCUGUCCUUCACAACUGACCUUGUGAAAAGCAGCAACAAUAGCAAAGGAACUUCAUUGUGAUGCUUGGACUUUACAGGCAAAACACCUGGACUUUACAGUGUACAAGACUUUUCUUUUCAAGGUGUGAUAUCACAGAUCACAUCUCCACUUGA